AUGGAAUUUCAUGUCUACAAAGCUUUUUUGUUCAUCUUUUUCUUCUACCUCUCAGCAGUUCGAGCUCAGCAAGCUGUAGAUUUCGGUUCAAUCUGGGUCGUACCUGAUGGCACCCAGCCAGAUCUUUCACAAACAUUCAGACAAGGUCUCACUCUCCAGAUUACUUGGUUUGGGGCGCCAGAUAACUAUCAAUUUGAUACCUUGACGAAUUUGUGGGUCACAUCGUGGGAGUAUGAAAAGACUGCAUACAGCCAGUUACUUGAAGGGAAUAUCAACGCCAACGAUAGCGGUACUCAUGACUGGACAAUCGAUAUUCCAACUAGUGUUUUAGGCAAGACCGCGAAAUACGUUCUUCGAUUCAAAAGCCUUAAUCCUGCAUUCAACCCCGACUCUCGUGAUGUGUCGAGUCCAGCAUUCUUGGUCAUCACUGGAGAUUCUGCUUCAUCCUCUAGAACUUCUACUUCAUCCUCUACCACUUCUGCCUCUGCUGUUUCUUCCUCGUCCUCCAUGAUUACUUCUGUUCCGACACUUUCCACUUCCGCGGUUUCCUCGACUCAGACAUCUAUUUCUGCCACUGGAGCGAUUGCGAGUUCAACAGCAGCUGAUACGAUAUACAGGGAUAAAUACACUAAGCUUAGUGGUGGAUUGGCAGCAGGUAUUGCUGUUGCAUCUGUGGCUAUACUUUGCGCAGUCCUUGGGUUGGCAUACUUUCUGUACAAACGAAGGAAAAAUAAGAGAGAUCCUGCAACACAACCAUUGACAGAGCAUCCUACGGGCUCUUUGACAAAAUCUCCAAUAUAUCAUGAAGCACCAAAUCAGCAAGCAGCAGUACCUUCUGAGAAAGCAGCUGAGCUUGGCGUUGAAGAACGACCAGUGGAGUUAGAGGGUUAG